GGCCGCUUCCGGUUCGAGCACCCGGAACCGCCGCCUCUAGGGAUGGACGGUCAGACUCUGCAGAAGGCUGAGAGAAGCCGGUCCUGCUCUCGGGAGAAAAAGGAGGGUUACACUAAGGACAUGGUGACAGACUUUGAUGAGAAACACGAUGAGUAUUUAAUAUUGCUCCAGCAGAGGAACCGCAAUCAUUUCUCUUCCAGGAUAUUAAAGCAUUUGAGAGCCAAGGACCCCAUGCAAUUGAGGCUGGAGCACCUGGAACACGGGUUCUCUGUCUACGUCAACGGGGCCAAUUCUGAACUGAAGACAUUCCCUCGGAAAGCCGUCCACUCCAGCUUCUCCAGAAGUGCCUCCCACGCCGAGGGGACUCACGAUUGCGGACGAAAAACCCUGUUUCGAGAAGCUGAAGAAACUUUAAGACGCAAUUCACGGACAGCCCCCAGCAAAGUCCAGCGCCGAGGAUGGCACCAGAAAUCUGUGCAGAUCAGAACGGAAGCUGGCCCGCGGCUCCACAUCGAGCCUCCUCUGGACUAUUCUGAAGAUUGUGAGCCACGUGGGGGUGUGACUGUCAAGGCAGAGGCUGCUUCUGGGGAUCGUCCACAGGAGCUAAGAAAAAGCCUGGAACUUAGUGUCAAUCUACAAAGGAAAGAAGAGGAUGGUUCCAGUGAUGAGUAUGACUCUAUCGAAGAAGAUGUACUCUCUGAGCCGGAGCCUGAGGACCAGGUGCUGCUGGGCCGUCCUAGAGAUGAUUCCCCUCUUCCCAGUGGGGACUCAGUGCAGAAGGAUGUUUCUGAGGACCAGGGGACAGAAGGACGCCCUCCCCAGGGCCCAGACACCCUCGUAGUGCUGGAAUUUAACCCAGCUUCCAAAAGUAAUAAAAAGGAAAGGAAUUUGUCUGCUAAGCGGAAGGACAACGCUGAGGUCUUCAUUCCCAGCAAACCUGAGCCAAACCUGAGUCCCCAGCCCCUGACCGUGUUCCCAGACCAGGAGAGGGCAUGCUCAAGACCUGGAAGCCGCCGAGAGAGACCCCUAUCAGCAACCCGAAAACUCGUGCGCAAGGCGGAGGACCGAGAGGAGGACGCCUCAGCCGUGCUCAGAGCCAUCCAGGUGGAGAACGAGGCCCUGCAGAGGGCGAUCCUCAGCAGAAAGGCUGAGCCCCCCGCCAGCCCACCACAGGGCACAGAGAGACCACCAGCAGAGUCAUGGACCUGUCUGCUGAAGGAGGAGACCCCUGAGCUGCCCUCCAUCACCGCGGCAACCAGCACAGCGACCAGCGCACAGGAGCAGUCCAAGGCAGCAGGGGGAGCCAGAGCCGUCAGUGAAGCCAUCGACAGAAUCGGCCUUCUGGGGAGCAGACAACAGCAGAAGGUUCUGAAAGUCCUCCAGGCCAUCGAAAGUGACUCCGCCCAACUCAGCCAGGUUGUUUCACCCACUGAGGAGCAAGUUCUGGACCCAGAGGACAAAUCGGGACCGAAAGCAGAAGAGAUCAAAGAUGCCAUCUACGUGACCAUGGAAAUCCUGUCCAACUGGGGCAGCGCAUCGUGGGUGGGUCUCACGGAAGUGGAGUUCUUCGACCGGAACAACACAAAGCUUUAUGUGUCGCCUCGCGAUGUGGCUGUCCGGAACUCGGACACGCCCGGGGAGCUGGGCCACCUGGUCAGCAGGAACUUGGCUGAUCUUGACAUUGGGGCCAAAAACGUGAAGCUUUAUGUCAACAAAAAACUCAUCUUUGAUGGCAACUUAGACAAAGGAGGUGACGAGGCCCCACAGAGCAUCCUGGUGGGCCUGCAAAAUGAGAGAAUGGAAAACAGCGUUGCUGCCCACUCGGAAGAAAGCAAAGGUGCCCUCGAGAGGAACAGCACCGAUGGGGACGAGGAGCGCGGCGUCAGUUACUCGCAGCCAGCUGUAGCAGCAGCGGAUGUGAAGGUUUCUUCACAAGGAAAUUUAUUUGGUGGAAGGAUGAAUUCUCCUGACUGCAUGAAGGACAAUUUGUCCAAGUUAGAGGAAGAGUGCAGCUUUUUAGCCGCACCAUCCUCACCGGGUGGCAUGCCCAGUGUCCCUCCCCACUCCUCCCCUGCCGAAUGCCCUCCUCCUCUUGACCAGGAGCUCUCGCUGAUCCAACAGCUGGAAAACCUUAUGGGCAGAAAAGUCUCUGAGCCUCCAAGGAAAACCCCAUCCUGGUUACAACCUUCUCCCGCAGGGAAAGGCAGGAAGCAGGGAGGCCCGAAGUCAAAACCCCUCUGGCUGAGUCCGGAGAAGCCGCUGGACUGGAGAGGCAGGCUUCCAUCAGAGGAUAUCAUCCGUGAGGGGCCUGGAGAGACCGAGGCCGGAGAUAAAGGCCCCAGACGUGAGCAAGGGCGGGCAAGCAGCUGGAAUGUCAUCGCCAGCGAGCGAGCUCAGAGGGCAACCCCCAGAGUCUGCGGUGAUGACUUCAACAUCUUUAACCAACCCUCCCACAGGGAGCACCCUGCUAGUGGGAGGAGGGGCCUGAGGAAGGACGCCCUCAGCAACAGUCAUGGUGAUGACCAGCCAGACAGCAGAGAAGAUGCCUGGUCCACCCGGACGCCACUGCGGCCCCAGUGGCACAGCGAGCAGGAACACACCUUACGUGAGUCGUGGAGCUCCCUCACCGUCUUUGACCACUCCCACCGGGGACGGCUCUCCAACGUGGAGUUCCAAGGCGACAUCCUGGAUGAGUUCCUGCAGCAGCAGAAGAGCAGCCGGCACAGCGACCAGCCGCACCCCUGGAAGGAGGAGAAGCCGGAGCCCAUGAAAGGACAGGACCACGGCUCCCUAGAGAUAGAUGACGGGGGUGACUUUAAAAUCCCCGUCUUGCCUUAUGGACAGCACUUGGUCGUGGACAUCAAGUCCACGUGGGGGGACAGGCACUACGUGGGCCUGAACGGGAUAGAAAUAUUCAGUUCCAAGGGAGAGCCGGUGCGAAUUGCGAACAUUCAAGCCGACCCCCCGGACAUCAAUAUCUUACCGGCCUAUGGGAAAGACCCCCGUGUGGUCACCAACCUUAUCGACGGGGUGAAUAGGACCCAGGACGACAUGCAUGUCUGGCUGGCCCCCUUCACGCCGGGCAAGUCCCACUCCAUCUCCAUCGACUUCCUGCAGCCUUGCCAAGUCGCCCUGAUCAGGAUCUGGAAUUACAAUAAAUCGCGGAUACAUUCCUUCCGGGGUGUGAAGGACAUCACGAUGCUGUUAGAUACACAGUGCAUCUUUAAGGGAGAAAUCGCCAAGGCCUCAGGAACCCUGACGGGAGCUCCAGAGCACUUUGGAGACACGAUCUUAUUCACAACCGAUGAGGACAUUCUUGAGGCCAUCUUCUGUUCUGAUGAGACGUUUGACUUGGACGUGGAGAGCCCGUGCAGCCUGCAGUGCGAGCAGGCGCUGAGGAGGCCCAGCACGGCCGACGGCCAGUGGGAGGAGAGGCCCUACACCCAGGCUGGCUCGUGGGCUGAUGACCGGACCCCUGAGCCAGAGCUGCCCCCCAGCCCCACUGUCCCUGAAGUCACCACACCAGAGCCGGGCAUCUACCACGGCAUCUGCCUCCAGCUGAAUUUCACCGCCUCCUGGGGAGACCUGCAUUACCUGGGGCUCACAGGCCUGGAAGUGGUGGGCAAGGACGGCCAGGCACUGCCCAUCAACCUGCACCAGAUCUCUGCCUCCCCCAGAGACUUAAAUGACCUUCCUGAGUACACCAACGACUCCCGGACCCUGGACAAGUUAAUCGAUGGAGCCAACAUCACGAUGGAGGAUGAGCAUAUGUGGCUGAUCCCCUUCUCGCCGGGGCUGGACCACGUGGUCACGAUCCACUUCGACAGAGCCGAAAGCAUCGCAGGCCUGCGCUUCUGGAACUACAAUAAAUCUCCCGAGGACACCUAUCGAGGGGCCAAAGUCGUCCACGUCUCCCUGGAUGGCCUGUGCGUCUCCCCUCCUGAGGGCUUCCUCAUCCGGAAGGGGCCGGGCAACUGCCACUUUGAUUUUGCUCAAGAAAUCCUCUUUGUGGACUACCUGCAGCCCUGCCCGCUGCCCCCGCCAGCCCAGAGACUGGACACAAAGAGCCUGGAGCGGGCGAGCAUGGACUAUGAGGCGCCCCUGAUGCCCUGUGGCUUCAUUUUCCAGUUUCAGCUCCUGACCAGCUGGGGUGACCCCUAUUACAUCGGUCUUACCAGCCUGGAGCUGUAUGACGAACAAGGAGAAAAAAUCCCUCUGUCGGAAAACAAUAUCGCCGCCUUCCCCGACAGCGUCAACUCUCUGGAGGGCGUGUGUGGGGACGUCCGGACCCCCGACAAGCUCAUCGACCAAGUGAACGACACCAAUGACGGCAGACACAUGUGGCUGGCUCCCAUCCUGCCUGGCCUGGUGAACCGGGUUUAUGUGAUUUUCGAUCGGCCUACCACGGUGUCAAUGAUCAAACUGUGGAAUUACGCGAAAACACCCCAUCGAGGGGUGAAGGAGUUUGGCCUCCUGGUGGAUGACUUGCUUGUGUACAAUGGGAUCCUGGCCAUGGUGGGCCACCUGGUCAGGGGCAUCCUGCCCACGUGCGAGCCCACAGUACCCUACCACACCAUCCUCUUCACCGAGGACACGGACAUCUGUCACCAGGAGAAGCACACCGCCAUCAGUAACCAGGUGGAGGAUCAGGACGUGCAGAUGAUGAAUGAAAACCAAAUCGUUACCAACUCGAAAAGGAAGCAGAAUGCAGCUGACCCAGCCUUACGCCCCAAAACCUGCAUCAGCGAGAAGGAGACAGCGAGACGCUGGCGGUGCUGACCGCUGAAGGAGGGGGAGCUGGUCCUCUCAGCCGGGGUGGGGCUCCGUCACCCGGCCCCCACUCAGCACCCAUGUCCCCCGCCCUCAGGCCUCUGUGUGGGCCAGCCCAGACCCCGGACCCCAAGAGCUGGAAGGGAGCUGCAGCGUGGAGGGAGCCCGCUGGAGAGAAGGGACUCAAGGGGUGAACGGCCCUGGGAAAUACAGGAGUUCUGGGCAGGUGGAAGAAGGGGUGUGGUGUGGCCUUCCACUGUCCCCCGCGGUCCUGGGCCCAGCUGCAGGGAGCCCGGGGUCCCCUGGCUCCGUGGCUCUACCGUGAGAUCCAGCAAAGCAGGGCCCGAGUCCGCUGAGGCCUGUCGUGGGAUACGGGGGCUCAGCCUGACUCCAGGCAGAACGGUGCCAUGGCCAGCUGUGCCAGGGCCUGGAGUAUGGCUGAGCGGGCAAAGGAGGCCAGGCGUCAGACACCAACACCGACAGGCGUGGGGUCCUGCCUUCCGAGGCCCCCCGCUGAGGGGCCAGCAGCUCCCACCCCCACCACGUCCCCGCCUCAGCUGGGGGCUGCGGAGCCAGCUGAGCAGGUGGGACUUUCCCCUGGACCCCCCUAGAUGUCUAGCCUGGACUGCUACCACCCCUUCACCCAUCCUGGGUCCCGCCCAGGCCCAGCUGAGAAGGAGGGAUCCCCUGAGGGGAGCUGGUGCUGCAGGGCCUCUGUCCUCUGGUCAAGCCCAAGAAGGGAUCUGCCAAGGGCGUGUGUCCUGCUGAGCAACGGAGGGAGCUGAACCCACCCGAGGCCUAGAGCCGGCCCCACCCUGGCCUGCGGGGCCUUGUCCCUGAGGAGCUGCCUGGCCCAGAUAGGACAGGUGGGCAGCGUCAUACCCCAGAGGGCCAGUAGGACCCACCCAGAUGCCUUCUGGAUGCAGGGCCCGGAGACAGAGGACCGGUGCCACGGCCCCACCCUCGGGCCCCAGAGGCCCCGCCCCCUUCCGCUGGAACUAGCCUGGAGGGGGCGGGGCCCUCACUCCCCGCCUGUCCCUGCCCUCGGUCUGAUCCAGGCUUUUCGCGCUUGCUGUCUCCCUUUCCAUCUGUCCUUGACCCCGUGUCCUGGGCAUCAGGCAGUGAGGUUCUUGGUGCCGGGGGUCCCCACCCCUGCUCCCUCAUCGAGCAGCUUCGCAGCAAGUUGGAAAUAGGGUUGCAUCCCCAGCUGCGUGAAGCCCAAAACGCAUCUAUUUCCACCUGUGUAACAAGCUCGGAUCAGGGACCUAAUUGGUUUCCCAGUGGUGGGUAAUUUCUUGUUCCAAAUAUUAAUCCGUUGUUUUCCUGGCGCCCGGCCCAGCCCCGCCGCGUUACUGUACUCAAAGUAGUUCCUAUGCAACCAAAAGCCCCAGCAAAUACUUUAUGAGCUUUGCAGCUUCAGCUGAGCAGCUAUGCAAAUGAGCUUCUCAUUUGGAGCGCGGGGCUGAUGUGAAGAUAAGGAAUUGUUUCUCCCGGAGAAGAUCCAUCAUUUCUGUAGCUUGCUAGCCCCCGGCUGCCCUGCUCACAUCCCAGAUGUGGCAAGUGCCUCCGGGGCCUCGGGGCUCCCAGGAGACCUGACCAGCUUUUAGUGACAAAAACCAGUGCCGUGGCUUUCAAGGGAGCCCAGCCUUCCAUCCCCACCGAGGCACGUGUACAGGUCAGACGUGUCCGGGAGAUUGCACGAACACCGCACACUCUUGCUCCCGGAAUCUCAGUUGAUGUUUAGAAUAAUUGUAUGUACCAUGCAAUUUAGGGGGAAAAAAAGCUGUACAGGCAUUAACUCUCUAUUUUUUUCUCUUGCAAAAUCAAUAAAAGAUGUUGUUAAGAA